CCGACAUCUCCCACAUAUCUGUAUAAACUAUCAGCAACACUAGGUAACAUGUCAUUCGCCCGUGCAGGCUUGAGAACACUCCGAACCCUUCCCCGUCUUCAGGUAAACCGAUCGACCUCCUUAUUGGCCCAACAAAGACAUUUGUCAGCAGAAGCUAGAAAGCUCAUUGACGAUGCUGUACAUACUAACCCCUUGGUGGUAUUUAUGAAAGGUACGCCGGAACAACCUCAAUGUGGGUUUUCACGGGCCGUUUGUCAGAUUUUAGAUGUUCAAGGAGUGCCAAGGGAAAAGAUGAAGACGUUCAAUUGUUUGGAAGAUCAAGAACUCCGACAAGGGAUCAAAGAGUAUAGUGACUGGCCCACCAUACCUCAACUCUAUGUGAAGGGCGAAUUUGUCGGUGGAUGCGAUAUCAUCUUGUCAAUGCACCAAAGCGGCGAAUUAGAAAAGUUAUUGAUGAAAGAAGGAUUGGUUCCCGAAUUCUUACCAGAAGAACAAAAACAAUAGUCAUUUCGAUCUCUUCAUCGUCUCGUGCAUCUUUUUCAUCUACAUACCACUCUUGUCACACGUGACUGAAAAGGAGAGAUGCAAUGCAUAUCAUCAUGCCAGAUG